AUGUCCGGCGUCGACGACGUAGAUGCGCAGCGCAAGAACUACCGGCGGCCCCACAAUGCGCACAACCCAAUACCAACCGUCCAGAAGUACCGCGAGGAGAAGCAGAGGAGACAGGAAGCAUAUGGCAGUGCAGAUGGCGAGAGCAACGAACCAAGCACACGCGACCGGCUCGGCGACGCCGUCAAUGUCUUCAGACAUGGAAGGGACGUAGAGCUGGCCAACGAUGGCAAUGGGCCGUACCCUUCCACCAACAAGAACCUCGCGCAGGACCUAGAAAUUGCCGACGACCACGCUGGCAAGACAGUGCCGAAAAACGACCAAAGAGAUGCAUCCCAGGACCAGGAUGGUGAGCAAGAGAUGAAAGACACGACAGAGGGCGGCCUGCAAUCACUAGAUCCCAGGCAGGCCCGCAAACAGAUGAAGCAUUUCAAGGCCGAUGGCACAGAACGCUUUGUCACCGACCCAAUUACCCAUCUACCCCUCAGAGUUCAUGAUUUCACCGAUCACGAGCUGAAGAGCACGGCAAAAAACCCGCCGCCCCCCGGCGCGGACCUACGAACAGCGACUGGCACUGAAGCCAUUGAGAAAACUGGCGAACACUUGGAAGCCGAGGGCCAGGAGUCGCAAGAAGCACAUGAAGGCCUCGAGGUCCUGUUCCCCCCUCCGUCCUUUGACCGGACGCGAGACGAGAUCUCUACCGUCUACAUGCAGGCCGUCACGGUCGGCGUAGGUGCCGCUGCUGUUAGUUUGAUGUUGAUCAACGCUUUGUUCUGGCCAACACGUCAUUCCACAGGCUGGACAAGGCAGUUUCUCAAGAUGAUCGAGCUCGGCACAAUGGCGGUUGUUUCUGGGGCCAUCAUAUUGUUCAUGCGUAAAUGGUCGGAAAACAAAAUCGAGAAAGUGUGGGAUGUCGAAGUCUGGAGAGCAGAAGGCGAACGUGGCAAGCAGUUGGCCAAGACCGAGACCGCCGAAAGUACGCAGUGGCUAAACUCACUCGUCGCUUCGGUAUGGCCAUUGAUCAAUCCUGAUUUGUUUACGAGCAUCUCCGACACGCUUGAGGAUGUCAUGCAAGCCUCUCUUCCGAGCAUGGUUCGUAUGGUGGCGGUCGAAGAUCUCGGCCAGGGCAGCGAAGCUAUUCGUAUCCUGGGCAUUCGUUGGCUUCCGACGGGCGCAGCUGCCAGGUCAGUAGGCUCUGACGGAAACUUGAAGACUUCAGAUGAGGAGAAUAAAGACCGCACCGUCCCAGACGAUGGCGAAGGUCCAGAUCAGCCCCCGCAGCAGGAUACCAUGGAGGCUGAAGAUGGUGAUUUUGUCAACCUGGAAGUUGGGUUUGCGUAUAGACCCUCGACCGGAAAAGGCGUCAAGUCCCGUGCAAAACACGCGCAUCUGCUGCUAGCCUUCUAUCUACCAGGCAACAUUAAGCUACCUGUCUGGGUCGACCUUGUAGGAGUGAUCGGUAUUGUGCGCUUCCGUCUGCAGUUGUGUCCUGAUCCCCCCUUCUUCUCCAUCUGCACCAUGUCCUUUAUCGGCCAGCCGAAAGUGACCAUGUCUUGUGUGCCGCUCAUCAAGAAGGGACCAAACCUCAUGGACGUACCAUUACUUUCCAACUUUGUUCAAUCAUCCAUGGAUGCCGCCUUGGCCGAAUACGUCGCUCCCAAGUCAUUGACAUUGGAUCUCAAGGACAUGAUGAUGGGAGACGACUUUAAGAAAGAUACGAUUACACAGGGUGUGAUCAUGGUGCAUAUCAAACACGCUUACGAUUUCAAGGAAGGAGACAUGAAAAUUGGUCCGUUUGGUGGUUCCGCAGACCCAUAUGUGAGUGUUGGGUGGGCCAAGUUUGGAAAGCCAGUUUGGUCCACGCGCGUUCUGAAAAGAAACAUGGAGCCGCAUUGGGACGAAUUUUGCUUCGUGUGCGUGACCGUCAACGAAUUAAACGUCGACGAAAAGCUGAGAAUCCAACUCUGGGACUCGGAUCGCACGACUGCUGACGACGACCUUGGACGCAUUGAGCUGGAUCUCAAGCAAUUGAUGAAGAGCGACGAAACCAACGGCAAGAUGCAUGACCGCGAAGACGGUUUCCAUGCCCUGAAAGCAGGCGCAGAAAUGCCGGGCAAAUUGAGCUGGAGCGUUGGCUACUUUUCGAAGACAAGGAUUACCAACGACCAGUUGGCCAUGCAAGAUGAGGACCCCAAUGUGAAAACGAUUAAACAGCUGAAAGACAAGGUAUACAAGGAAGCAGAAGGCAAGCUGCGAGAGGCAAGCGAAAACCACCGGGAUGAAGUCGAGCAACAGAAGGUUGAAGAUUUCAAGAACCGCCAGGAUGAACUCAUCAUUGCUUCUCCACCUCCACAAGACUAUCCAUCUGGCAUCUUGAGCAUUCAGAUCCACCAAAUCACUGGGCUGGAACUGGAAAAACCGAGUAAGAGAAAGGCUUCGGCAAACGAAGAAGCCACUGACGAGGAGGAGGAGGGCGAUGAUCUCCCUUCGGCAUACUGCACGAUCAUCAUCAACCACAAGAAGGUUUUCAAAACCCGCACCAAGCCAAAGAACUCCAAGCCCUUUUUCAAUGCUGGCUGCGAGCGCUUUAUCCGGGAUGUGCGUAAUACUGAAGUGCAUGUGGCCGUCCGGGAUUCUCGCGUCCACGAAGAUGACUCUUUGCUUGGUAUUGUCUACCUACCCCUGGAGAAAGUUUUCAGUGAACGCAGCCAGAUCAAUUCCAUUUUCCCCCUUGCUGGAGGGAUUGGCUACGGACGUAUACGGAUCUCCAUGGUUUUCCGGAGUGUGCAAGUUCAACUUCCUAGGGAAUGGAUGGGCUGGGAUUACGGGACUGUGGAUAUUCAACCUCGCAUCAAAGCAAUCAAUGUGCCGCACGAUAUAGAGCCGCUCAGGGUCAAGGUUCGCACACGGCUGGAACACGCAAAGCUGCAUUCACGCGGGCGCAACGGCCACGUGCGUUCAGAGGACGGACACACUGUGUGGACUUCGCGGAAAAAUAGACCUAUCCGCUUGCCUGUACGUGCACGCUAUUGUGCACCGUUGAUAUUUGAGUUUAGACAGGAUGCCACGUUGAGAGACCGCACGCAUGCAUUUGCCAUCCUCUGGCUCAAGGACAUCCCAGACAAUGAGGAACAGACAAAGCGGCUCGCCGUCUGGAAGGGCGAUUUGAAGCGCGCAGAGGACAACGUGCUCGAGUCGUACGGCGAAAAGGUGGGCGAGAUUGAGAUAACACUGACAAUGUGGUCUGGCCUGUCUGGCUACCACGAGAAGCUCGCAAAGGGGGACAAGCAUCUCACCAACGUCAUGGAAGUCCUGGAUACCUCCAACGACCAGGAAUGGACAAAUUGGGAGGAAUCGGACAGCUCGGACAAACCAGGUCUGAAUGACAGCAAGAAUAAUGAUGAGGACAGUUCUGACUCUUCAUCUUCUUCAUCUUCUUCUUCCUCGUCGGACAGCGAUGAUGAUAGCGAGGAGAGUGUUGGUAGCAAGAUGACGCCCAAUUUCCUUCAGAACAAGAGACCAGACUCGAAACUGAGCAUGGAUAAGGGCAGAGGCCCAAUUAGGAAGCUGAAGGAAUACAAAGACUCGGGCAAGCCGCUGCGUCGCAGGAACAAGGGCAUCAUGCAGUGGAAGGGACCUCGGACGUUGGCUUGGAUGAAGCACGUGGGUGAAAGGGGAAAGAGAAAGAUGGGGAAUAUAUUCCAUCACCAUGAGCGAGACGGGACCGGAAUUGAGACGGAAGUUUGA